AUGAACAAAUUAGACACGUGGUCCAGUGAAACGAUUCGAGUAGUAAUAGGAAUUCUGAAGGCAACCCAAACAUCGAUCCUGGCGCAUAAUGAACCCCCUCACCUCUGGAAAGGUGAGCAGGUGCGUCACAUUUUCCAGAAUACUGAUAAGAUUCACCAGUUACCCAUCCAUGGUGUCCUGCCACAGCCACCAGCACGACGCCGAAAAUCGCGCCACCCAUCAUGGGAAAGAGCGACGCCUCUGAGUUUCGAUGAACAGUGUGCUUUCUCUUUCUCCUACCAUUACACUCAGCAGAUAAACGGAAAAGCAGUGAAGCAGGUAGAAAAUUUCAAGUACCUCGGCGUACAUGGUGAUGAAAUUUGGGAGGAAGGGAUCGAUCAAUGGGUUGGAAUUGCCAGUGGCAUUCUGCGCGAACUAGGCGGAACCACUAUGAAUAACGCAGAGCUGCGUCUGAAGAUUAAACUCUCGGUGUUCACGGCGAUUUUCAUCUCCAAACUUAUCUACGAUCAUGAACUGUAG